AUGGCUUAUGAGUUUAUGAGAGUGGAGGUCAGAGAUUGUGCUACUACGCAUUUUUGGUUUGAUAAUUGGAUGGGGGUAGGGAAAUUGAUAGAUGCCACAGGCGCCAUAGGCACUACGUAUUUGGGACUUACUCGCCGAGCACUGGUUUGUAAUGCUGUCUCUGGAGACGGAUGGAGUAUGAGGAACAAACGAAGCAGGCGGUUUCAGCUUCUGUAUAAUCAGAUCCUUGCGGAGCAAGUUCCAAGUGUGGACAGGGGAAGCGACUUGGUUUUAUGGAAGCAGGGGGAGGAUGAUUAUAAGGACAGUUUCUCUACGACUAACACAUGGGAGCAGAUCAGAAGUAAGAAGCCAAAGGUAGAUUGGUGCAGGGUCGUUUGGUUCUCCCAGAACAUUCCUAGGUACGCGUUUAUCACUUGGCUGGCGAUACAAAAUAGACUAUCCACGGGAGACAGGAUGAGGAGCUGGGGUAUCACGCAGGGCUGUGGACUAUGUGGAGAACAAGAUGAGACCAGGGACCAUCUUUUCUUUGCAUGUCCCUACUCUUUUACAGUGUGGGAAGGACUGGUGAGAGGACUCUUUGGGCGCAGAACAAACCCCGACUGGUCUAUCACCCUGAAUGAGAUCAAACGAAGUAGGACGAGUCAACUCGACACCAUCCUACUUAAGUUGAUUUUCCAGGCAGUCAUCUAUCACAUAUGGAGGGAGCGUAACUCAAGACGACAUCAGGGCAAAUGGACGACUACAGAUCAAAUACAUAAGGUUAUAGACAGAUCGAUGAGGAACAGAAUUGUCUCACUGAAGUACGGGCCGCAGCACAAGCACGCGGGACUACUGCAACGCUGGUUUCAGCUCACAAGCUAA